CUUGACUGUCGCCGGAACUCACAGCGGGUGUUAUUAAACAACUCCUCGCGGGAUUUAUGCAACAACCGCGCUGCCUACGAGGAUUGCUGAGCCACCUGGCCCCUCUUGCUUACCUGGGUCACUUCCCUCGUGCAUCCGCAUUUUCAGCCCCCAGCAGCCGUAGUGUGAGCAGGAGCACCAUGUCAGACGGAGAGCCAAAGGCCAAGAAACAUAAACCAGACUCUGACAGCCUGGAUAUCCACCGCAGGCUGGAGAAGACCAGGCAAGAUGAAGCAGAAAGCAUCUUGGACUUCAAGUUCAACAAAAAGCGUGUGGAGAUGCUCAGCAAGGCUGAUGAGGUACCAGACUGUGAUGGCAUUGUGUACUGGAUGUCUCGAGACCAGAGGGUGCAAGACAAUUGGGCAAUGCUCUUUGCACAGCGGCUGGCUCUCAAGUACAAAGUGUCUCUUCAUGUGGUUUUUUGCCUUGUACCAAAGUUUUUGGAUGCCACUAUUCGUCAUUACCAUUUCAUAUUAAAAGGGCUGGAGGAGGUGGAAAGUGAGUGUCAGAAGUUAGAUAUCCCUUUCAACCUCCUGCUGGGGGAGCCUGUGGAUGUGCUGCCUGACUUCAUCAAGAACCACAACAUUGGAGGUCUUGUCACAGACUUCUCACCACUGCGUGUGCCUCGCCGUUGGCUCAAGGAGGUCAAAAAAGCCAUUCCACAAAAUAUACCAAUGUGUCAGGUGGAUGCCCAUAACAUAGUGCCAUGCAAGAAAGCCUCAGAUAAACAAGAAUAUUCUGCCAAAACCAUCCGUAAAAAGAUCCAUGACAAACUCCCCGAGUUCCUCACCAAUUUUCCUCCUGUCAUUAAACAUCCUUAUAAGAGUAAAGAAGAGAAUGAGGCUGUGGACUGGGAGGCAGCUGAGAAGAGCCUGGAGGUGGAUCAGACAGUGAAAUCAGUAGAGUGGGCUGUGCCAGGGACACAAGCUGGCCAUGACACCCUCAAUGAAUUCUGCCUGAAGCGCCUCAGAAAAUAUGCCACUCAGCGCAACGACCCCAACGUCAACGCUCUCAGUAAUCUCUCUCCUUGGCUGCAUUUUGGACAAGUAUCAGCCCAGAGGUGUGUGCUGGAAGUUAAAAGAUAUAAGAAGCAGCUGAAGGAAGGUGUGGAUGGGUUUGUGGAAGAGGCUGUGGUGCGGCGGGAACUAGCCGACAACUAUUGUUACUAUCAGGAGAAUUAUGAUCGCAUUGAAGGAGCCUACCAGUGGGCCAUCACUACCCUUAAUAAUCACAAGAAGGACCCUCGGCCAUACCUCUACUCCCUUGAAACGUUGAUGGAGGCCCGGACUCACGAUGAACUGUGGAACUCAGCUCAGAUUCAGCUAGUGAAGGAGGGUAAGAUACAUGGUUUCAUGCGCAUGUAUUGGGCAAAGAAGAUCCUGGAAUGGACGGCUUCUCCAGAGACAGCACUUGAAACUGCAAUUUACCUCAAUGACCGUUUCAGCUUGGAUGGUCGAGAUCCCAAUGGAUACGUAGGCUGCAUGUGGUCUAUCUGUGGGAUCCAUGACCAAGGCUGGGGUGAACGCAAUGUGUUUGGCAAGAUCCGCUACAUGAACUAUGAUGGCUGCAAGAGGAAGUUCAAAAUUGAUGGUUAUGUUUCUCGGUAUGGCGGUAAAAAACAUAAAUAUAUUCCACCAACCAAAUAGAUGAGAGACAAAGAGAGAUAGAGAGAAAAGCAAAUAAUAUCAAAUUAGUUAUGACAUAUAAAUGACCAGAAAGGUUAGGAUGUCCUGGGCUGGCAUGGAAUCCAUCACACUGAUGACAGGUUAUGCCUGGUGAAUACAAAUUGUGCUCACUAGUUAAUUUCUUAUGAUCUGAUGACUAAAAAAAAAUGAUAUUCAUGAAAUAUUUUCAUUCUAGAUUUCUUGAUACAUUCAUGAUGUUUCCAGAUUUUUUCCUACUUAGGCAGCUAAGAUAUAUUAAAUUUAAAUUCCAAAUUCACUGUUACAUGAUAACAGUGGUAUUAAUUAUACAGAGCCAUGAAUAUAAUCACAAGAACAUUUUGAAUGUUGGCCAAGGUACCUGAUUAAGUAUUAAGUGUUAAGGUCAUGACCUUAGGUUUAUUCACUAAAUAUUCUCAAGAGUAUCUUUCCAGUGGUACUCAAGCAAUGAUGCUCUCUGUAUGUGUUCAUUGGUGGAAUUUCACCAUAUUAAGCAUUAAAUGUAAAAUAGUGGUAUUAUUUUAGUAGUAAAUAAUGUAAAGCAUAUUGAAGUUGCUCAUGCAUGUUAUCAUCUAUACUAGUACUGGAUUGUACAAAUGCAUAUGCUGUUUUCUUCUGUCUUCAUAACAGACUGGCAACCUCAUUUUAAAGGUUGGUAUAGCUAAGAUUAUGCAUUGCAAGAAUAAAGAUGCAUAGGAGGGAGCGUUCUCAUUCCUCUUGCUCAGUCCUUUUACUCACCUUUUAUGACACAGAAUAAAAUGGCAGCAUUUUAGCCACAGUAGGCUUAUACUUCAUCAGUGUUAUUCCAGUCGUUUUGUGUUAUUCUAAUUCCCUAUUUUGAUUUCCCUUGAGGAGAUAGUCUGUAACUCCAGGGAAGUAUAGAACCAGUUUUACAAUAUUGAAAAAAAAAUAAAUAAAAAAAAUAAGUAAAUAAAUAAAAUAAAUAAAAAUAUAAAUAAAUAAAUAAAAUAAUAAUGCA